AUGUUUGUUUUGUUGAGUUGGGGAGAGUGUUCACUCACAGAGGGAUUGUAGCUGCUGGCAUUUGUGGGAAGAGCAACAGAGAGAAGGUCCGACUGGUGUUGAUCAUGAAGGGCCACAAUCAAGAAACAUUUGUGAGUCAUCAACAACACCUUCAAAGGCAAAGAGAUGUGGUUGCCUACAGAAUGAAAAAACUUGGAGCCAAACAGGUGGACCUUACAAAAAAAAACAAUGUGCUGAAGGAGAAGAUCAAGAAGAAGUAUGAAGACAUGAAGAGGGUUUUGGAUGCGGACCUGAGGAUCACUCUGAACCAGCUGGACAUGGAGUCUGAGGCGACCGAGCGCACCAUCGAGGACAAGAUGGAGCGCUGCUAUCACUUAACCCAGGAACUGGACCAGGACCUAGCCCAGCUCACCGCCCAGGUGGAGAAAGACAAACAGCAUGUCUACGACAAGAAUGCAGAAACGGAGAAAAGGAUUUCGGAGACACUGAAGACAACAGAUCCUGACCUGAUUCAGGUGGAUGAGUUUAAGAAUGAGCAGCUCCUGAGUCUAACCAUUAACCUGCUGCUCUUCAUCCGCUCUCAGGUCCCUGUGACCAAGAAACUCUUCCAGAGCUAUGCCUCAGAAGUUGUCCUUGACUCGGAUACUGCCCACCCUAAACUGACCAUCUCCCCUGCGGGAGACUUGGCCACGUACACACAAACCUGGCAAGACCUCCCAGAGACCCCCUCCCGUUUUGACACCACCCUCUAUGCCAUCAGCCGGCAAGGCUUCCGCGAGGGCCGCCACUACUGGGAGGUACAGGUGAGCGGCAAGACAUACUGGGAACUCGGUCUGACGUAUCCCAGCAUCCCGCGCAAAGGCCGCGAAGAGGACUGCUGGCUGGGCCGUGGGGCUGAGUCCUGGAGCGUGGAAUUUUUCAAUGGAGACUACACGGCCUGGCACGAUAAGGUGUGCCACGAGCUCAACCACGUUGCCGGCCAGCGUUUCACACGGAUUGGGGUGUACUGCAGCUUCCCCGGGGGGCUGGUGUGCAUCCUGGGGGCUGACACCAUGACCCCCCUGCACUGCUUCUGUGCUGGCACCUUCACUGACGUCCUCCACCAGGCAGUGUGCCCAGGCCACGACAACCAGGGGACUAACUGGAAGCCUCUGCAGAUCCUCGAUGCCUCCCGGUCGGCCCCUGUCCUCUGAACCGGGGAGAGAUACUAGUAGUGCAUGCCACAGGCAACACUAGGUUAGCUGUUCUGAAUUGUGCUUUUGUGCUUAUCCAUGCUUUAAAAUCCAACUGUUGACCGAUAUCUGUUUAUUGCUCACAAGUCUUGACUUUUCUUUCUUGGGAUCUUAACAUGCUCCAUUUCUAGUUUGUAAAGGUUUCUACUAGAUUACCAUAUUGUUACCAUGUAAUGGCAAGUUUAUAGUACUGUUGCCCAAGGUAACAAAAAAGAACCACACAAAGUCAUAAUAAAAUAGGAUCGUCAUGUUUAAUACAAUAAAAUAAUGUUUACAUAGGCAUUCCUUUGAUGAAGUAAUUUAACAUUGUAUUGGCCCAGAUUCAAAAAGGGGCCAUAGAGUAUGGCAAUAUUUCGCAAAUUCACAAUAUUUCUUUUUUUAGGGAUUUUGCCUCCCAAUACUACUAUAUACUUUUUUUUUCUUUUUUUUGUGCAAAUCAUUUAAAAUAUAUUCUAGAGGACACUAGCAUUUACCACUGGAAACCAUUUAAAAUGUUCCCUCUAAAAACAGGAUUGUUUUCCCUUCAAUUCCAUUCCAAAACAAGUAGAGCACACCCUCCUUUCAGUACCGGUUGGGCACUACAUCACUGAUCAGAGAUUCAUGUGUCGAGGGGAUUCAAGGGUGCUACUGUGUGAUAAAGGUACAGUAUGAGUAGUUGGUAACAUUUCUAAUGGCUGCCAGGAUACUGUUCCCCAUCUGGCUUCUAGAAAUAUUGUGUGAUAGUGUAGAAAAAGAAAAAAAGAAAAA